CGUUCGACAACUAUCUUUACCUAGAACAAACAACUGACCGACAGCAAUGGCUCCUGUCAAUAUUUGCAACAUGGUGAUGACAACGAAAGAUAAAAUCAAAGUAAGUACAAAUAGGCUACUGUCCUCUAUCUUCCUCAAUUGAAUUAGUUAUGUUUGAAUUUUAACAUGAUUUUUAAACUGCAAUUAAACUAAUCAGAUCCUCUAUUUUCUCCAGUUUAGAAAACCAGUGGUGGAAAAGAUGCGCCGAGACCGCAUUAACAGCAGCAUCGAACAGCUCAAGACACUCCUCAAAACCGAACUUCAAGCACACCAACCCAACUCGAAACUGGAAAAGGCUGACAUUCUCGAGACAGCUGUGUUUUACCUGAAAGACAACAGCAUGCGCCCUGCUGCUUCAUUCAACGCAGCGUCACCUGUCCAGAGCUACGCGGAGGGAUUCACCCGCUGCCUGGAGGAGACGCUGCGCUUCCUCUCAGCGAACAACCAGCCGGCUGGCUCACAACAGAAGCUUCUCAAUCACUUCCAUCGGGCUCAGAAACUUGGUGACAGAGUCGUGCUGAGUCCAAACCGCGUGACGGUCCCUCACAACAGCAGCACUCCGAAACGUGUCACCGCAGGUGGAAGAGGGCCUCUGUGGAGACCAUGGUGAUGCUCAUAGCCUAUUUGGAGACGUUCAAUAAUGAGACUUUCGAUGUCAAAACCAGAAAAUCUGUUGGUCUAGCACGACACAGUAUGCUCUUCUUGUUGGAAAUUAUUCUUCCCUAUACAAUUUUAUAUUUUGUUCGUAAAAGUAGAAAUUAUUGUUAUUCUUCUGUGUAGAAUUGUAAUAUCCUGUAUUGUGCUAAUGUGCAUGUAUUAUUAACUUUACAAUUGCGAAGUAAAAUGUUUUUACAUAUUGUAAAAUAUAUUAAUAUAAUAUCUUGGUGUAUCUAUUUCUGGGAAAAUACCUCAGCCCUAUGUUGCUGAAUUGUAAUUUGUCCUGAAACAAACUGUG